AUUACUUGUUUUUGCUCACUGAGUGUGCUGUCCGCUGCAGAUACCCCCGCCAUAACUCUCUUUUACUACCCAGUGCAAACUUGCUAAACUUGCAUCUGUUCUCCCUCAUACACCUCUUCCAAGAAAGUUAUUUCCCCCAAACGUAUUGGUUUGAUUUUUACCUCAAGCGAAUAUUCGACGAUUGUUGCCGUGUGUUUGGAAGAUGGCACGUACAAAGCAGACGGCUCGCAAGUCAACGGGCGGGAAAGCUCCAAGGAAACAGCUUGCUACUAAAGCUGCUAGAAAGAGCGCCCCAGCUACAGGAGGAGUCAAGAAGCCUCAUCGAUUUAGACCAGGAACCGUUGCUUUGCGUGAGAUCCGUCGCUAUCAGAAGAGUACGGAGCUGCUUAUCCGCAAGCUUCCAUUCCAGAGACUCAUUCGUGAGAUAGCUCAGGACUUCAAGACUGAACUCCGUUUCCAGAGUUCUGCUGUUCUUGCUCUUCAGGAGGCCAGCGAAGCCUACUUGGUCGGUCUCUUCGAGGACACCAACCUGUGCGCCAUCCAUGCCAAGCGUGUCACCAUCAUGCCCAAGGACAUCCAGUUAGCCCGUCGCAUCCGUGGAGAGAGAGCGUAGCCAUGCCUUGAAGGAUUAUGACUUUGUGGAAAAAUUGUUAGUUAUACUGAUGCAAACCUUUUGUAAUGAUGUAUGUUAGAGUCUACAGUUUCGUAUCGAUUUCUAUAGUUUCAAUGUAAUGUCUUUUGUGUGAACGUAAGUUGACAUCAUGGCAAUCAUUCUUUUUAAGGUUUGUUGGGUUUUGUUGUUGGUUGGAUUGAAAGUGAAACAUUUUGAUGCGUAUUGAUUUAAAUAAUUAAAGUAGAGCUAUAGUCCUUUAUUAAUAUGUUCAAAAGUAGGCUUGUUCAGAAAUUGAAGCCUUAGUGGGUGGGGUCAAUAUCUAAGGCGGGAUCAGAAGCGACCCAUCAUCACGAAAUGUUGCACUCGGCUUGGAAAAUCCCAAAACGAGACCGUUUUCCAGUUUCCUCAGAAACGGACCAUUUCAUAAAUUGUGGUUGGUAAAAUAAAAUAGUAUUCGUCGCAUUACAUUCUUUUUGAUAAUGGGUGAACAAAAGCUAAACAUAUUGCACGAAAUAAGUCAUUGACUAUCCAUAAUCACAGACGUAUUAACAUUCCUCGGGGUCGUGGAUAAUGCAUAUUGUCAGUAAUUGAUUGUAAUCAUACUUGAACUUUCGUAUAUAAUGAUCAAGAAUACUGCAUACUCUUAUUGUUUAACAUAUUCAUAGAGUUUCUAAACAGUCAUUCUCAAAGGUUUAAGACUACCCUAUAUAACAAAAUUGAAACAACAAAACGGACAAGUAAAUAAAAGCAUCUUAUUAGUUGCUAAAACGCAAGAAGAGAGUGCUUACACUUUCGACGAAAUUUGAGUGGUAAAGUCAAAUUACCCCUAAACAAUAGCAAAAGAAUUUAUAUUACUGCAAUUCACUUGAAAACAAUGAAAAUGAUGGACAUAUUUUAAAAUCAAUGUAAAGAAUACAAUUUGCAUCAUGUUUGAAUUUGCUUCAACAAUGAACAAAUUAAAAGUUAUAUUUUCAUUAUGAUAUGGAAAUAAACGAUUUGAAUUAAUGGAGUGUUCAAUCCGACGUGUUCAAGGUAUAGGUCAGUUGUUUUAUGAAAAAUGCUUCUUCGUGUGUCCUACUUAUUAAGUAGGGGAGGAGGUUCAUUAGCAUAAACAAUUCAGUAUAGUGUUUAAUAUUUGUAUAAGAUAUGCAACUAAAUUUCCACUAGAAAGAUAUAAAAAUUGUUUUAUUUAUCACAAUUGACCAUGUAACCACUUCCGUGAAUUGAAAUGCAAAAGUUAAUAUCAAAAUAUCGAUUUUCAUAUAGUUAUGAUUGAAAAUAUUUAUAAUGUUAAUCAGCACGAUAUUCUACUUUAUUCGCUAACGUUGAAAACAGUUAAUGAAUAUCACACUAUUGUAAAAGGAGGCUUGGGUGCAAUUUUGGACGAAAAUAUGAUUUAAAAAAAAAAAAAUCUUUAUGGCUGAGGCUAAUUUGUGUCACAUGUAAAAUGUAUUGGUUAUAACGGUCUUAUAAUGUACUACCGGUAAUCAUUUUCAUUGACAGUGCCAACAUUACUUGUGACACUUGAAUUUAUUAUAUCUGGUUAUUAGAUGGCAAAGUAUGAUUAAAAAAUAUGAACUUUUAUAUAUUUCUGUUUAUAAACUUAUUUGCAUAUUCCACCUUGUUUACCGACCUUGCAAACAUCGGAUCAUUUAGUUCAAAUGGGUUAUUUGUUUCCAAAUUAAGAUGAACAUAUGACUUUUGAUUUCCGUGUAUUGUUGUAGAUUAUUCGCACAUUAUGCACAUUAUGUUCAUUACAUUAAUUUGGAAACGUGUCUAUAUUUGCACUGACCUUGAAAACAUCGAGAUUGAGUACAAUUUAAAGGGGAAAUAUGAAUUUCAAUUAUAAUGGAUGUUUAUUUUGCAUUGUAAUAAUUGUUUCCAUCGUGUUAGAUGACAUUAAGAGCAUUAUUUAGGGCACAUAAGUUUCAGUUGGAUACUUAGAUGCACAUUAUGAAAAUAAUUAAUUCCCUUUCAUGGUCGAUAUUAAUUUGCAUACCAUGCAGAUUACAUUCAUUGUCAUCUAAUGUAAAAAGCAUAUCAAUUUAAGCACGAAACCACAUAAAGUUGGUACUUAAAGGCCGACUUUUUAUAGAUAUAUAUAUUUUUUUUUUCUUCAUAAUAUGGUUAUAGAUAAUUUUCAUAUUCAGCAAAUUUAACUGCAUGUACUUUCCAAAAUUUACAUCUUCCAAAACUUGUAAUAUGUCGUUUUAGAGGACUAAUCCGCAGAGCACUGUAAUGAAAUGAAUUUGUUUUUAAUUAUUAUUAUUUUGGGGCUAAUCCACAAAACUCUACAGUUUUAAAAACUGCAUUGCGCAUAAGAGUCUUGCUAUCCCAAUGCUUGAGCUGAUUUUACAUUCAGACUGCCAGAGUAGGCCUAAGUACUAUGUUGCAUUGCAGAUGGAAUGUUAUACAAAACCUGCCUUUAACAAGUAAAUUUCAUUCUAUGGGAACACAGCACUACUCUGCUGAUACGGAACACUUUAAAUUACAUGUCAUUUAAUAAUUCAAUUAGAUAAAAUAAUGCAGGCCAAGACACAUGAGUACCAACAAAUUUCCAGGUGGUCUUAAUUCUUAAACAUGUGCAAAUGAUUGUAAUUAUUAGUUAACUCCAAUGCAAUGCAUGAAAGUGUUCCUUCAUAUUAUUUAUUGGCUUUUACAAGAAAUAGAGAGAAUAGCUACGGGGAGUGGAUUGGAUUUACUACAUAAUCAUAAACAUAAAAUUGUAUUCGAUAAAAGUAGAAAUGCAUAUCACUAUAGGGGAAAAUAUUAUGCUUAAAUAAAUUUAGAUUUCUGAGCUGACUUGAAUAAAUGUGUUUUCCAAAGGCUCUUGAAAAUGUAUAGAUUGAGACGGUUUCGAGGAAGACUAUAGUAGCAAUACUGUAGGAGCCAGGAUUAGGAAACUUUGAAAAGAACCUUUUUUGUUAGUCUGUUAAUGUGUGCGUAUUGGAAUUGUAUUGUAUACCGCUUAAUGUUUUGUCUAUAGAUAUUUUGGUAACCAAUAAAGUUGUUCAAUGAUAAUAUA